AGGGUCGGGGCAAGAGGCUGCCAGGGGCUCCUCCAAAGUCCCAGCAGGGCUGGUGGGACCUUUUGAGGGUGGGGAAUCAGAGGCACUGGUGGGGUCUGUGGCUGCUGACUGGUCAUGAGCAGCUCCUGGUCUGUAUUUAUUCCUCUAGUGCAGGUGAGCUCCUGCUGGGGUGGGGUUGGGGGCAGAGGAGCCCCUGAUGUGCUCCUGGGUGCUCUCCCUGCCUUUGUGCUGCUGCCACCUGUCCCCAACAAGUCCUGGGGACCUGGAUGUCCCUGCUGUGUCAGGGACAUGCUAGUGCUGGCUCAGCCCUCCCCUUGCAGGGACCACCAUGGCUCCAGUUGCCUCAGAGCCCCCUGGUCACAGGGUGACAGCUCCAGCGAUGUCCUCAGGGACAGGGAGGGCUCCUGCUCACCCCCACUCUGAGGAGCCCAUCCUGACCUUCACCUUGAGGCUCCUGCAUGAGAACUCCAGUGCCACUCCAGAGAAGCUGCCAGUGCUCAGCCCUGGCUCUAUGAUGCACCUGGAAGCCAGUGUCCACUUCAGCCCCAGCAUCUCCAUGAGGAUCCACGUGGAUCAGUGCUAUGGGACCACCAUGGAGCAGCCAGGACACCCCAGGAGGAUCUUCAUGGUGGUGAACAGCCGUGGAUGCCUGCACGGGGGGAAGCUGGGGAAUGUGUCUGUCCAGCACCAGAGAGGGGGGUCUGUCCUCCAGCUCUCCAUCCUGGCCCCCACACUGGAGGGUGAGCCCCAGGAAGAGCAGGUCUACGUGCACUGCCUGCUGAUGGCAUGGGGACAAGGACGUGCCACCAGGUCCUGCUUCUACAGCCACACCACAGCCAGCUGGCACAAUGCAGAGGAGCCUGGCCAGAGCACCCCAUGCCACUGCUGUGACAGUGGCUGUCCCGCUGCUGACACCCUCCGUGGAGAUGAGCCAGCAUUCCCAGGAGAGGGGACACUCCACUGGGAGACAGUUGGACCAGUGCUGGUGCAGAAGGAGAAGGUGCCAUGGUACAAAGCACUGUGCCAGACAGUGAAGAGGCUCCUGCUGGCUGGGCUGGCCCUGGUGGGCAGUGCCUUGCUGGUGGUGGCCGUGCUGGGGGGGCUGCUGGCCCUGACCACCCGGCACUUGGGCAGACCCCGGCAGGGACAGCGGCCACCGAGGCACAGGUGUCCCUUCCAGGCUGAGCUGCAGAGCGUGGUGGGGGCCCUGCUCCUCAGGGAGACAGAGAAACAGGGCCAGAUGGGACCAGAGCCUCUUUCUCACCAAUAA